UUAGGUAGAGAGAAGCACACCCAUCUCUUAAAUGACUUUCUAGGAACACUAGAACGAUCCACACGUGGGAAUCAUGAAAGAGAUUUGCAUAUUCUUGAUCUGCUUCAUCAACCUGUUGCUGCUGGAGAGCUCAUCGUGUGCUGGUGACUCAAGUGUUGUGAAUCCCUGUUGUUCCUACCCCUGUCAGAACUCAGGAGUGUGUGUGAGAUUUGGUACAGAUCGCUACGAAUGUGACUGCACUCGAACUGGCUUUUAUGGAGUCAACUGCACUGUUCCGGAGCUCUGGACCAGAGUUCGUCUCAUGCUGAAGCCGAAGCCUACGGCGGUUCACUACUUCCUCACGCACUUCCACUGGUUCUGGGACCUCGUAAACAACUCUUUCCUGCGAGACACGUUCAUGAGAUUAGUGCUGACCGUCAGAAGCGACCUUAUUCCAAGCCCUCCGACCUACAAUACUAAAUAUGGAUACCUCAGCUGGGAGUCUUACUCCAACAUGUCCUACUACACCCGUCUCCUCCCUCCUGUUCCUGAGGACUGCCCUUUGCCCAUGGGAGCUAAAGGUAAACCUCAGCUUCCUGAUCCCAAAGUGUUGGCCGAGAGGUUUUUUAAGAGAAAGACAUUCAGGCCAGACCCUCAGGGAACCAAUGUGAUGUUUGCCUUUAUGGCGCAACACUUCACUCACCAGUUCUUCAAGACAAACCAGGAAGUUCAAGGUGGCUUCACCAAGGCUUUAGGACAUGGGGUAGAUGCGAGCAAUAUCUAUGGAGACAGCCUCAUACGACAGCUUCACCUACGGCUUCAUAAAGAUGGAAAGAUGAAAUAUCAGGUAUUAAAUACAUUUAUGACAUUUUGGGAGUACAAAUUAAGGUUUCUCUCUCCGCCUUUCCGCACUAAGAUUCCAAUCUUAGUGCGGAAAGGCGGAGAGAGAAACCUUAACUGUACAUGA